AAAAAAACAUAAAAUAACAUAAAACCAAAACAAAACAACCUGGACCAGAAGUCCUGAACAUUUUGGUGUUUGGUUCACACUCGGAUCGGAUGCGUAUUGAACUUGGCUUUACCUUUCUCCAGUUUUAUCGUCUAGUACUACACCAUUCGCCGGAGCUAUAUCUUCAUCUUCUCUUCCCCCCAAUCAAUGAAUAGCCCUACAAAAUUUCCAGUAAAAAACGCUUCAAAAGAACACCCUCCUUUCCUCUUCAUUUUCUUACAUCCUUUUCUUUUCUCAAUUGUAAGUCAAACUUUGUUUUUGUUCUCCAACUGGGUACUCCUUAAUUUUUCCCAUUCAACCAGAAAAUUGCUCAAAAUCUAAAAAAAAAAAAACAUGAACGCAAAGCUUGAGUCUUGAAAACCAAACCCAUUUGAGAGAAGAGACUCAAAAUGCUCUCUAAGUUGUCUUUUACUCACUUGAAAGCUGCCCAAGCUGCAAGGUUGGCAUGUCACACAAGGGAUUAUUCAGAGUAUCAUAAAUCUCGAUUCAAGAUAGUGGGACAGUCUUUGGGGGAUAGAUGGAAGCUCCAUGACUUAAAAACUGAUGCAGUACAAGAAAAAUUCAAUGCAUGGUUCCAAAAGACCCAAAAGUUUCUCAACGAAGUGGCAUCUCCACUAACCACUAGCCAGAGUAGAAAGCCUGUUCCUGAAAAUUCUUUAGAUGAUUCUACCAUGGAGGACAUAUUCGUGGCAGAACAGACGAUUAACAGCAGAAUGCCACAAGGGGUUCUUUCUUUAGCUGCUAUUGUAUCUAUUGAGCAAUUUAGCAGGCUGAACGGAUUGACUGCACAAAAAAUGCAGAAAAUAUUUAAGGCACUUGUUCCUAAAUCUGUAUACAGUGAUGCUCGUAAUUUGGUCGAAUACUGCUGCUUUAGAUUCUUAUCAAGGGACGGUUCAGCUUUUCAUCCUUCCCUUAAGGAACCUGCAUUUCAGAGACUUGUAUUCAUAACAAUGCUGGCAUGGGAAAAUCCUUACUGUAAAGAGCCUGCCAACACUUCAGAAAAAGUUUCACUUCAGGGGAUGCUUGUUAGAGAGAAAGCCUUUGUUCGUAUUGCUUCUGCUAUUUCUGGGGUGGCAGAUCGGUCAACAGCGCAUAGUCUAUAUAAGGCUCUUGCUGGUGAUGAAAAGGGCAUUUCUUUGGGCUUGUGGCUUACUUAUGUCCGGGAACUGAUCAAGGUUCAUGAAAAGCGAAAAUCAUACCAAAUUGAAGAAUAUUCCCACCUUUCUGAGGAGAAAGUCUUGUGCAUUGGUUCCAACCAGGAGCAGCCUAUUCUAAAGUGGGAUAACCAUAUGGCGUGGCCGGGGAAGCUUACUCUGACUGAUAAAGCAAUUUACUUUGAGGCAGUUGGAAUAUUAGGCCAUAAAGGUACUCUAAGAAUUGAUCUCAGUAGUGAAGGGGCACAUGUAGAGAAAGCAAAAGUUGGACCCUUGGAUUCUAUUCGCUUUGACUCCGCAGUUUCUAUUUCUUCUACUAUCAAGUCGAAACCAUUAGUGGUAGAAUUUGUUGACUUGGGAGGGGAAAUGAGACGAGAUGUCUGGCAUGCACUUAUUAGUGAAGUUAUUGCUUUACACCAAUUCAUCCGUGAUUAUGGACCAGAGGAUGAUGAUGAUGGAUCAAUGUCUUAUGUCUAUGGCUCUCACAAAGGGAAGAAAAGAGCAAUUACCAGUGCUAUUAAUGGUACAGCUAGACUCCAGGCCCUUCAAUUCAUGCGGAAGUUAGUGGAUGAUCCCAUCAAACUUGUUCAGUUCUCAUAUCUGAAGUUUGCGCCAUAUGGCGAUGUAGUCUAUCAAACUCUAGCAGUAAAUUAUUGGGGUGGACCCCUUGUAAAAAAGCUUGUAGAUAGCCAACCAGUACGAGCAAGAUCGUCUAGUGAAGUAGGUGAAAGUAGUUAUCAUGUAUUCGAUAUAGAUGGAAGUGUUUACUUGCGAAAGUGGAUGAGGUCUCCUUCUUGGUAUUCCACUGAUUCCAUUAAUUUCUGGAAAAGCAAUUCAUCAAGAGAAGGAGUAGUUUUAAGUAAAAAUCUUGUUGUUGCCGAUGUAACUCUUACAGCCAAGGCAGCAGAAACUUGCAGACAAAAAUGCGAGAUGGUUGAAACAACUCAGGCCACAAUUGAUGCCGCAAUGCUUAAAGGGAUACCUAGUAAUAUUGAUCUCUUCAAGGAACUUGUGCUUCCUCUCACUAUUACUGCCAAGAAGUUUGAAAAGCUCAGGUGCUGGGAAGAGCCACACUUGACUGUUUCUUUUCUUGCGUUCACCUAUGCCGUAAUAUUCAGGAAUUUGCUGUCAUAUGUAUUCCCUACAUUGUUGAUAAUUUCAGCGGCGAGCAUGUUGUCACUGAAGGGGCUAAAAGAGCAAGGCCGUCUUGGACGAUCCUUUGGAAAAGUUACUAUCCGUGAUCAGCCACCAUCAAAUACUAUUCAGAAGAUUAUAGCUGUAAAGGACGCAAUGCGCGAUGUUGAAAAUUAUCUACAGAGUAUCAACGUCACACUACUAAAAAUACGAACAAUUAUCCUUUCCGGUCAACCUCAGGUUACUUCUGAAGUUGCUUUUGCCUUGUUGGCUGGCGCAAUCAUUCUCCUCACGGUCCCUUUCAAGUAUGUUCUAGCAUUUCUCAUCGCUGAUCUCUUCACACGAGAGCUUGGGUUUCGAAAGGAAAUGGUGAAGAAGUUCAGGAGUUUCUUAAAGCAGCGGUGGGACAUGUUGCCCGUGGCUCCCGUAGUGGUACUGCCAUUCGAAAGUGAUGAAUCGAGACCAAAACCUCUAGAGAGAGGAACCAAGGACCAAGUUAAGUUAGGAAAGCCUCAGAGCAACAACAAUAACAACACUGUAUAGUGCUAAUAGACUCUUUGUUUGUAUAGAGAUCAAAGAACAUUUGAUUAUAAUAGAACCUUAUUAUUCUUGUUUAUUAUGAUAUAUAUUUUCUUUUGAGGGGAUAUUCUUUUUUGAUGUUGAUAAAAAUUGUAAAUACAAUUUAAGAAAGAGUUUAUUUGGCUACAGACCCAACAAUUUAGGAUCCA